CGGCCGCAGUGCGCAUGCGCGCCACAGCAUGUUUGGCGCGCCGCCGCAGUGUGUGCGUGCAGGCGCAAAGCGCGGCCUUUGGCUCCGUGCUCGUCCUCGUCUUCAUCACCAUCACCAACAAAAACAACAACAUCCACCACCAAAACAGAGCCGGGUACGGUCGAGGUCCCGCUCCCGCAGCGCGGACGCUCCCCCCCACUCUCCCUCUCCGUGUCACGAUGACAGAAACGGUCAAGUACGUGGACGACGAACACAGGAGCAUCUUCCUGAAGCUGCUGAACGAGCAGCGCUUGGAGGGCGACCACUGCGACAUCGCCGUGGUGGUGGAGGACGUCAAGUUUCGAGCUCAUCGCUGUGUGCUAGCCGCUUGCUCCAACUACUUCAAAAAGCUCUUCAAGAAACACGAGGUGGACAACUCAUCCGUGAUCGAGAUCGACUUCAUCCGCUCAGACAUCUUCGAGGAGGUGCUGAAUUAUAUGUACACGGCAAGGAUCUCCAUCAGGAAGAGAGAUAUCAACCUCAUGAUGUCGUCGGGACAGAUCCUCGGCAUCCGCUUCCUCGACAAGCUCUGCUCCCAAAAACGAGACCUGUCAGCGGAAGAGAAAGAGAAGUUCCCGUAUGACAUUGUGAAGAUGGCGCUGCCUCCCGAAGCUCAGCUGGCUGCUGACGCUGCGGAUCUCGAUGAGCACGAUGACACGCCCACAGCCGAUGACCUCGUUGAAGCGUCGGCCAAUCAGGAGAUGGAUAAGUCUCCAAGUGCAGCGCUCCACGUCCAAGAAGCCAUCCUGAAAGAGCUGGCAAACGAAGACGUUCACAAGGUGUCCUGCUACGACCAGGAUGUGGUUACAGAGAUGGACGGAGAGGCCAAGGAGCUGGGAACAGAGCACCACGCCACGCAGACGCUGGCCUUCGCAGACAGUAUAGGCGAGGUGAAGGACGAGCAGGCGCCCAGCUGGUCCCAGGCCACCACCGACAUGAAGUUUGAAUACCUGCUGUAUGGACACAGAGAGCAUCUCGCCUGCCAGGUGUGUGGGAAGACCUUCCUUGACGAGAGCAGACUCAGGAAACAUGAGAAGCUCCACUCAGCGGAGCGUCCGUUCACCUGUGAGAUCUGCACCAAAGCUUUCACCACUCACGCUCACCUGAAAGAACACCUGAAGAUCCACACGGGCUUCAAACCGUACAGAUGUGACGUGUGUGGAAAGUCGUUUAUCCGAGCCCCGGACCUGAAGAAGCACGAGAGAGUUCACAGCAACGAAAGACCUUUCGCCUGCCAGAUGUGUGAAAAGGCAUUCAAACACAAGUCUCACCUGAAGGACCACGAGAGGAGACACCGAGGGGAAAAACCGUUCGUCUGUCCAUCCUGCACCAAGGCCUUUGCCAAGGCGUCGGAUCUGAAGCGUCACGAGAACAACAUGCACAACGAGAGGAAGCAGCUGAAUCCUCUCCAGAGCGACACAGAGACUCUGCAGGCGGCUGCCAUGGCAGCAGAGGAGCAGCAGCUGGACAGCAUGAGCUGCUCCUAAUGCCUGGACCACAUCUGGACAGCAGCUCCUCGCAUCCACCUCUGGAUCUCAUCACCCAUUUUCAUCCAAACUUUUAAUCAAGUUGCGCUUGUCAAGAUUUUUUUCAAGUUUUUUCGAUUUUUUUCGAGUCGAGUGCAAAGAAACUUGCCGCUCACGUGCAGCAGUGACCUCAUCAUUUAGGUGGUAAACGUGUUACAUGUGACUGUGCCCCCGCCGGGGCUUCAUGUAUGACUUGUAAACUGUUGUAAAGACGAGGAAGUGAACUCCGCUGAGGGAACGUGGGGACUCUGGAGCUGCCACGUCGUCGUAUAUGAAACGGUUCUGCUCAGUUUCAUGAGCGGAGCUGCCAUGUUGUAAAGCACACGUCUGUUUGGCUUCACUGUUGCAUCAUGACUGAACCGCCGGAGCCACAACGGACACACAGACUGCAGCUACUGUUGCCUCUAAUAAUAAAAUAAACCUUUUUAAAACAUCUUUUCAAA